CCCCUCUCCUCCAAAAUCCCUCCCAGAAUUCCAGAAGCUGGAAAAUGUCUCUCUAUCCCCACCAUUGUCUACCACAGCCAAUCACCCGCUAUAGUAUAAUAAAUCCCCACCUCCCAUCACUACCACAACCAACAAUCCGCUGUAGUAUACCAAGUCCUCACCGCGUCUCUUCUCUACCACAAUCAACCAUUCGCUACAGUAUAACAAAUUCUCACCCUAUCUCUUCUCUACCACAACCAACCAUUCGCUAUAGUAGACCAAAUCCUCACCCUAUCUCUUCUCUACCACAACUAACCAUCCGCUAUAGUAUAUCGAAUCCUUACUCUAUCUAUUCUCCACCACAACCAAACAUCCGCUAUGGUCUAAAUCCCAUCAAAGUUUCAACGGCCCCAAAUUCCGCCCCUUCGUUCCGUGCAAAGGACCCAAAAGACAUCACCAUCCUUGUGGUGGGGUCCACCGGCUACAUUGGACGGUUCGUAGUCAAGGAGUUGGUCCGCCGUGGUUUCAAUGUGAUCUCUGUGGCCCGCGGGCGAAGCGGUAUCCGGGGCCGGAGCAGCAAGGAAGACACCCUCCAAGAACUGCAGGGAUCGAUUGUCUGUUUCUCCGAUGUGACCGACACGGCGGCUCUCGAGGAGUCGCUGGCCGAAUUCUGUGGGGCCCGCACAAUCGACGUCGUCGUGUCGUGCCUUGCCAGCCGGUCUGGUGGUGUCAAGGACUCAUGGAAGAUUGACUAUGAGGCGACAAGGAACAGCCUCGUUGUAGGCCGGAAGUAUGGCGUGGCGCAUUUUGUCCUUCUGUCGGCGAUCUGCGUGCAGAAGCCGUUGCUCGAAUUUCAGCGUGCGAAGCUGAAAUUCGAGGCUGAAUUGAUGGAGGAAGCCAAGGGUGGGGAUUUCACAUAUAGCAUAGUGCGGCCCACUGCGUUCUUCAAGAGCUUGGGUGGGCAGGUGGAGCUGGUUAAGGAUGGCAAGCCGUAUGUGAUGUUUGGGGAUGGACGGUUGUGCACUUGCAAGCCAAUCAGUGAGGAGGAUUUGGCGUCGUUCAUCGCAGAUUGUGUUUUGGGGGAGGAUAAGAUCUGCAAGAUCCUGCCAAUUGGCGGACCGGGGAAGGCUUUGACGCCAUUGGAACAGGGGGAGAUGCUGUUUAGGCUACUUGGGAAAGAGCCCAAGUUCUUGAAAGUGCCAAUUGGUGUGAUGGAUUUUGCGAUUGGGCUUCUUGAUUUCCUCGUGAAGAUCUUCCCGGUAAUGGAGGAUGCGGCUGAGUUUGGGAAGAUCGGGAGGUAUUAUGCAGCUGAGAGUAUGUUGGUUGUGGAUCCAGAGACUGGUGAGUAUAGUGCGGAGAAGACUCCGACCUAUGGAAAAGAUACAUUGGAAGAUUUCUUUGAGAAGGUGAUCAGGGAAGGAAUGGCUGGCCAGGAAUUGGGUGAGCAGUCGAUAUUCUAGUCCUGCCUUUUGUUAUGGUUUGGAAGUGUUUGUAAAUGCGAAAACAAUGUCAAGAUGCCAGCUCGAUUGGUUUAAUUGGCGUGGAUGAGAUAGGGGAGAUUUGGGGCAGCCCGCUGUAGUUUGUUCUUCAUUUUUCGCUGGUGGGACGCUUAACGACGAGAAUGUUUCUUCAAUCAAUGGGUUUGUAACUUGCGUUGCUUUGUGGACUGACUUUUACUUGGAGUAAAUCCGGCCUAAAGCCGUUAGAGCUCGAAUGGUGCUUGCUUCAAUCACGACUCUGAUCGCUAGCACCUGUUGUUCCAUUGGGCUGAAAUGGCCUAACUGAACCUUCCAUCUUCAUGGUGUUAUCGUAGGCGAUCGAUGGUCCCGUACUCACACUUCAAUGACGAUCCUGACUCUACUAGGUUGAAUGUAAACCAUUGAAAAUCUUCUUUAAUGUUAUGAAUUCAUUUUCACAUAGUAAUGGUCAGAUUCCUUGAGAUGUCCCUAAUAGAAUAGUAUUGAACAUGGACGGUUUGGUCAUAGGACCAUCUCACCAUGUGGGUCCCAAUGGGUCGGCUAAUGCUUAUGAUCUGUGUAUGUUGCAGGGUGUGUUUUGAUCAGGACCAUCCUAAUCUUGCUACCAAACCUAAUGUGGAUAGCCCAAGGUUU